CUCCGGGCGGCGCUGGGACUGUAGCAGCUAGAGGCCGGGAGGGGAGGGGAGAAUGACCAUGAGUCUGAGUGACAGGCGGCGAGGAGAGGAGCCAAUGUAUAUAAGGAAGGCUCCCAAGCGCGCAGGUUUCAGUAGCGGCGCUGCGCGCAGGCCGGGAACCGGAGGCCAAGAGCCGCAGCCCCAGCCGCCUCGGUGCAGCGUACCCCGGCACUAGCCCGCUUGCAGCCCCAGGAUUAACCCGAAGACGCGUUCUCGGCGCGGCCAGCCGCCGCCCAGCCGCCGUCACCUGGAUUACCUACCGCGGCAGCUUCUGCAGAGCUAGCGAGGAGGCCAGUGGGGAGCAGCGUCCUGAGAGGAGCGCGUCUUUUCUGGGACCCCCGCGGCUGGCUGACGCGCAGGAAAGCGGCUUCGCGAACAGAGCCAGAUUCAGGGCCCGCGGGUGGAGAGAGCGACGCCCCAGGGGAUGGCGGCAGCGUCCCGGAGCGCCUGUGGCUGGGCGCUACUGCUGCUGGUGGCACUUUGGCAGCAGCGCGCGGCCGGCUCCGGCGUUUUCCAGCUGCAGCUGCAGGAGUUCGUCAACGAGCGUGGCGUACUGGCCAGUGGGCGGCCGUGCGAGCCUGGCUGCCGGACUUUCUUCCGCGUCUGCCUUAAGCACUUCCAGGCAGUCGUCUCGCCUGGACCCUGCACCUUCGGGAGCGUCUCGACGCCGGUUUUGGGCACCAACUCCUUCGCUGUCCGGGACGACAGUAGCGGCGGGGGGCGCAACCCUCUCCAACUGCCCUUCAACUUCACCUGGCCGGGUACCUUCUCACUCAUCAUCGAAGCUUGGCACGCGCCAGGAGACGACCUGCGGCCAGAGGCCUUGCCAUCAGAUGCACUCAUCAGCAAGAUCGCCAUCCAGGGCUCCCUAGCUGUGGGUCAGAACUGGUUAUUCGAUGAGCAAACCAGCACUCUCACAAGGCUGCGCUACUCUUACCGGGUCAUCUGCAGUGACAACUACUAUGGAGACAACUGUUCCCGCCUGUGCAAGAAGCGCAAUGACCACUUCGGCCACUACGUGUGCCAGCCAGAUGGCAACUUGUCCUGCCUGCCCGGUUGGACUGGGGAAUACUGCCAGCAGCCUAUCUGUCUUUUGGGCUGUCAUGAACAGAAUGGCUACUGCAGCAAGCCAGCAGAGUGCCUCUGCCGGCCAGGCUGGCAGGGCCGCCUCUGCAAUGAAUGCAUCCCCCACAAUGGCUGUCGCCACGGCACCUGCAGCAUUCCCUGGCAAUGCACUUGUAAUGAGGGCUGGGGAGGCCUGUUUUGUGACCAAGAUCUCAACUACUGCACCCACCACUCCCCGUGCAAGAAUGGGGCAACAUGCUCUAACAGUGGGCAGCGAAGCUACACCUGCAGCUGUCGCCCAGGCUACACCGGUGUGGACUGUGAGCUGGAACUCAGCGAGUGUGACAGUAACCCCUGUCGCAAUGGAGGCAGCUGUAAGGACCAGGAGGAUGGCUACCACUGCCUGUGUCCCCCAGGCUACUAUGGCGUGCAUUGUGAACACAGCACCUUGAGCUGCGCCGACUCCCCCUGCUUCAAUGGGGGUUCCUGCCGGGAGCGCAACCAGGGGGCCAGCUAUGCUUGUGAAUGCCCCCCAACCUUCACUGGCUCCAACUGCGAGAAGAAAGUGGACAGGUGCACCAGCAACCCCUGUGCCAACGGAGGCCAGUGCCUGAACCGAGGUCCAAGCCGCAUGUGCCGCUGCCGUCCUGGAUUCACGGGCACCUACUGUGAACGCCACAUCAGCGACUGUGCCCGUAACCCUUGUGCCCAUGGUGGCACUUGCCACGACCUGGAGAAUGGGUUCAUGUGCACCUGCCCUGCCGGCUUCUCUGGCCGGCGCUGUGAGGUGCCGACAUCCAGUGAUGCCUGUGCCUCGAGUCCCUGCCUCAACAGGGCCACCUGCUACACUGACCUAUCCACAGACACCUUUGUGUGCAACUGCCCCUAUGGCUUUGUGGGCAGCCACUGCGAGUUUCCUGUGAGCUUGCCACCCAGCUUCCCCUGGGUGGCCAUCUCCCUGGGCGUGGGGCUGGCGGUGCUGCUGGUGCUGCUGGGCAUGGUGGCAGUGGCUGUGCGGCAGCUGCGGCUUCGACGGCCAGACGAUGGCAGCAGGGAGGCCAUGAACAACUUGUCAGACUUCCAGAAGGACAACCUGAUUCCUGCCGCCCAGCUUAAAAACACAAACCAGAAGAAGGAGCUGGAAGUGGAUUGUGGCCUGGACAAGUCCAACUGUGGCAAACAGCAAAAUCACACACUGGACUAUAAUCUGGCCCCAGGGCCGCUGGGGCGGGGGACAAUGCCAGGAAAAUUUCCUCACAGUGACAAGAGCUUAGGGGAGAAGGCGCCACUGCGGUUACACAGUGAAAAGCCAGAGUGUCGGAUAUCAGCGAUAUGCUCCCCCAGGGACUCCAUGUACCAGUCCGUGUGUUUGAUAUCAGAGGAGAGGAACGAAUGUGUCAUUGCCACGGAGGUAUAAGGCAGGAGCCUACCUGGACAUCCCUGCUCGGCCCUGCGGCUAAACCUUCCUUCUGCAUUGUUUACAUUGCAUCCUGGAUGGGACGUUUUUCAUAUGCAACGUGCUGCUCUCAGGAGGAGGAGGGAAUGGCAGGAACCAGACAGACUGUGAACUUGCCAAAAGAUGCAAUACCCUUCCACACCUUUGGGUGUCUGUCUGGCAUCAGAUUGGCAGCUGCACCAGCCAAGGGAACAGAGGAAGAGAGAGAUGCCACUGGGACCUGCCCUGCCAGCAGUGGCCUUCAGGGGGCUCCUUCUGGGGCUCCAGCCUGUUUUCCAGAGAGAGUGGCAGUAGCCCCAUGGGGCCUGGAGCUGCUGUGGCCUCCACUGGCAGCUGUGUUUCCAAAAGUGCCUUUGGCCCAGGCUCCAUGGUGACAGUUGGGCCCAAAUCAGAAAGAAGAGAGGGGUCCAGUGAGGGCAGGGCCUCCUGUGGGCUAGAAAGCCACUGGGUGUGUCUCUUGGCAGGGUUUGCCCAGCAGGUGAGGUGAGUAUUCAAGGGAGAGGAGUGCUUUCUGCCCCAUGCCUCCAACCACUGCAUGUGGGCCUGGCUCUCUGGUCUAGGCCCUGUGGGCAAGAAUGUCGGUCUGCCUGGCCUCCACCACCCUCUGGCCCUGGGCACCUGGGGGCUCCUGUGAGCAGACAGGCAGAGGGUCUGCCCUUCCCACCAGCCAAGGGUGCCAGGCCUAACUGGGGCACUAGGGGCAGUCUGUUGGAAAUUCCAUUGAGGGGGAAAUCAGGUGCUGAGGCAGCCUGGACCCUUUCCUCCCUCAAGCCCAUCUCCACGACCUCGAGCCUGGGCUCUGCCCAUGCCCACUAUUGCCCCAGACCACCCUCAAAGCUGGUCUUCAGAAAUGAAUAAUAUGAGUUUUUAUUUUGGGUUUUUUUUUUUUUGUAGUUUAUUUUGGAGUCUAGUAUUUCAGUAAUUUAAGAAUCAGAAGCACUGACCUUUCUACAUUUUAUAACAUUAUUUUGUAUAUAAUGUGUAUUUAUAAUAUGGAACAGAAGUGUACAGGAGUUUAUUACUUCUUGGGUCCUGUCUUUGUGAUGGCACCCCGCCUACUCACCCAAAAAACUCCAAACUCCCUUCUAUUGCUGCCGUGUGCCCUGCUGGAACCCCUGGGAGCUGUACAGACACUUGGAUUUGGCAUGUCAUACCCUAGGCCCUUGUCUUCCUCCAUUCCUUGGAGAGCCUCACCUCACCCAUCUAGUCCCCAGCUUCAGCCAGCCUUCCUUGCCUCCUGGCUUUGAGUUGGUACAGCUCCCACCUCCCUCUUUAUGUUCCCACCAUUCCUUGGUGGAUGCUCCUUCUGACCUGAAUCAAUUAUUCCUUCCUCUCUUCAAGCCUGAAAAAGCUUACGGAGCUCCCUAGUUCUACCUGUUUUUGUUAUAUUCAAAAGGAUUCUCUUGUCAGAGGAUGGGGCCUCUGCACCACGGUGACAUCUGUGUCCUUCCUCCUGCUGUUGCAGGGUGCCUGGCUCUUUUCUGUCUUAGCCCCAGCAGGGGAGAGGUCUGGGGCAGGGCAGGAGAGAGGUUUGCCUUAUGUUUGCCCUCUUUGUAGCAGAUGAGCGCUGAGACUCUGAGCACCUUGUCUGCCCCGGGCUGCUAGAAUGUACUGAAGAUUGCAAAGACAGGGAGAAAGGGGAGGAUGAGGUAGCCUUCCCUGAGUCCAGGUUUCUCUGGCAGAGGCACUAAUGAGGGAGUUUCCAGUCUCACUACGAGUUUCAUGCCUAGCUUCCUCUAAGGCACAGGAUAGUCCCUAGGGUACCACAGCCCUCUCCAUAGUCAAAAAUAUGCCCCAUGGAGAGCAAAUGAUGAAAAAAUUAGCCACUGACAAAAAGCUGAGCAGAUGCUCCCAGCUCUUAGCCUGUCCACAGUAAAGCAAAAUAGACCCACCAGAUGCCCUGCUCCUAAUGGAGUCCCAGGGUUUGGAGUGCUACUUGCCCUCCCUUUUUUCCUCUCUGCCUGACACAGAGACACCAUGCCCACACCAGACCUGGGUGCUUAUGCCAGAGAUAUGAGAGCACGCACACGCUCCACGCCUUACUCAUCGCUCCCUGUUCCCUGCACUGUACACACAGGGUAUCAAACAGGAAAGCAUUCAGGGAACCGUUCCCACAGCCUGAGCCGGCAGCAGGGGGAAGAAUAACACGACCUCACUCUUCCUGCCCAAAAUGAAACAGGAAAGCAGCUCCCAGGCCCUAGGGGGGGCAGGAUGGGGGAACUGGGCUGGGACUCGAAGGCAAGAUGACGAGGCUCCCAUGUGGGGGACAGGUAGGACACCCGCAGGCCUGCACGUCCACAACACCAGGCUGUGACAGACUGCACAGGCUGCCAGACCCACAGAAAAGUGCCCCAGAGUGAAGCUGGCUGGCAAAGCUCACAGCUUCUCUGAUAUGCUAGAUGGGGAACUGGAGCGCCCACCAAAACGCUGGCUUUCUGAGGGAAAGUGGGGACCCGUGGGGAACUUGGUCUGGGCAGCUCUGACAUGCAGCUCAUGCGAGGCUCCACCUCUAACAACAUGCCAGAAGCUGGGCAGGCACUUGGGGUGUAAACAGGCCACAGCAGAGGAAGCCCCUUCUCCCCAGGAUUUCCUGAGAGUCCAGCCCCUUCUGAUAGGUAAGGCACCCAUGAUCACUUGAGUGUCCUGGGGUACAGGUACAGGAGAUCUUCUAGGCUUGGCAGAAAGGAAGCCAGAUGAUGGUUCUAGACUCACUGUGAGGUACCUUCUGCAGUUUAGCCAAUACCCACCUUUAAUUUGCAUGGGUAUUUCACCAGGGAAUUCAGAGUUUAGCAGUACCUUAACAGCCUGGAGCCAGUGCCCUACCCGGAGAAUCAAUCUGACCCCACGGUGACCUCCAGCCCUGAGGACAGCUGCUUUUCCAGGGGCCCUCGGCUGGUAGAGUCAGGGAGGGGCUGUGCAGAGGGAGAAAUGACUUUAUUCUGCUUGCUAAGCCAGGUUCCCCUCUCCUGCCUCAGGCCAG